AGACCAACAGCCAAAGCGAGAAGAAGUGGAAAUUAAAGGAAAUUGCAGAAAGAAAGAGGGAGUAGAGGUGGACGGAAAGCAAAAUAUGAACCAACCUUGGUGAUCUCUUACUUCAAUUCCCUCCACCAGCACCACCACCACCACCACCGACCUCCCCACCUUCUCCUCCUUAUUCUUCGUCUUCCCGCCCAUUGAAUCCUCCAACUACAUAUAUAUAGAGACUUGUAUAUACGUAUUCAUUGAUUUGUAAUUUGGUGGCAUCAUCCAUAUAGUGUCACCUAGAAGAAAAAAUGUCUCUAAACAUGAAAACCCUAACCCAAGCGCUUGCCAAGACGGCAGCAGUGAUCGAGAAGACCGUGCAGACCACCGUACAGGAAGUAACCGGUCCAAAGGCCUUGCAGGAUUAUGAGCUCCUUGACCAGAUCGGCUCCGCUGGACCUGGUCUCUCUUGGAAAUUGUACUCUGCUAAGGCUGCACGUGAGUCCACGCGCGCGCACCAGUACCCUACCGUGUGUGUUUGGGUGCUAGACAAGAGGACAUUGUCGGAGGCUCGUGUUCGGGCGGGACUGUCGAAGGCGACGGAGGACGCCUUUUUGGAUGUGAUUCGGGCUGAUGCAGCGAGGCUAGUGAGGCUGAGGCACCCGGGAGUGGUGCACGUGGUGCAGGCGUUGGAUGAGAAUAAGAAUGCGAUGGCUAUGGUAACGGAGCCACUUUUUGCGUCAGCAGCCAAUGCGCUGGGGAAUAUGGAGAAUGUGGCGAAGGUGCCUAAGGAGCUGAAGGGAAUGGAAAUGAGUUUAUUGGAGGUGAAACAUGGUUUACUUCAAGUUGCUGAAACCUUAGACUUUCUCCACAACAAUGCGCAUCUCAUUCAUCGGGCAAUAUCGCCUGAGAAUAUCCUAAUCACUUCAAUAGGAGCAUGGAAGCUUAGUGGAUUUGGCUUUGCAAUCACAACAGACCAGGCUUCAGGCAACUUGCCUAGUUCUCAGGCCUUUCAUUAUGCUGAGUAUGAUGUUGAGGAUUCUAUAUUGCCACUUCAGCCAUCUAUAAAUUAUACUGCUCCUGAACUUAUUCGAAGCAAAUCACCUUCAGCUGGAUGCUCUUCUGAUAUUUUCAGUUUUGGAUGUCUUGCGUACCAUUUGACUGCUCGCAAGCCUUUGUUUGACUGCCACAACAAUGUCAAGAUGUACAUGAAUACCUUGAAUUACUUGUCCAGUGAAGCUUUCUCCUCUAUUCCGCAAGAUUUAGUUCCUGACCUGCAGAGGAUGAUCUCAGCAAAUGAGUCGUUCAGGCCAACAGCAAUGGAUUUUACAGGUUCUCCAUUUUUCCGGAAUGACACUAGGUUGCGUGCUCUUCGCUUCCUGGACCACAUGCUUGAAAGAGAUAACAUGCAGAAGUCUGAGUUCUUAAAAGCAUUAUCAGAUAUGUGGAAAGAUUUUGACUCCCGUGUAUUGCGGUACAAGGUACUUCCACCAUUAUGUGCAGAACUUAGGAAUAUGGUGAUGCAACCAAUGAUUCUCCCCAUGGUUCUCACAAUAGCAGAAUCUCAGGAUAAAAAUGAUUUUGGGCUAUCGACAUUUCCAGCUCUUAUUCCUGUCCUGAAUACCGCUGCAGGCGAGACACUUCUGCUUCUUGUAAAGCGUGCUGAACUUAUUAUUAACAAGACAAGUCAGGAGCACUUAAUAUCCUGUGUCCUGCCACUGCUUGUUCGAGCUUAUGAUGAUACUGAUCCACGCAUUCAAGAGGAAGUCCUGAAAAAAUCUCCUUCUCUUGCUAAGCAACUUGAUGUUCAGCUAGUGAAACAUUCAAUUUUGCCUCAUGUCCAUGGAUUAGCACUAAAAACAACCGUUGCUGCGGUAAGAGUCAAUGCUCUGUUAUGCUUUGGGGAUCUUGUUCACAUGCUCGAUAAACAUGCUGUUCUGGAAAUCUUGCAAACAAUUCAACGUUGUACAGCUGUUGACCGUUCUGCUCCCACCCUUAUGUGUACCCUUGGGGUUGCAAAUUCAAUUUUUAAGCAGUAUGGAGUAGAAUUUGUAGCAGAGCAUGUCCUUCGACUACUUAUCCCUCUUCUCACUGCCCAACAAUUAAAUGUUCAGCAGUUUGCCAAAUAUAUGCUCUUUGUGAAGGAUAUCCUCAGGAUAAUAGAAGAAAAAAGAGGGGUUACAGUAACUGAUUCUGGAAUUCCAGAGGUGAAGACAGCACCUUUUCCCAAUGGGCUUCACUCUCAAGCCUCAAGUAAAACAAGUGGAACUGUUGCUCCUGCAUCAAAAAGUAGCCCUUCAUGGGAUGAGGAUUGGGGUCCUGUUUCAAAAGGACGUACUACUACAAACCAGCCUUCUAAAAGCAAGCCAUUGUCUACUCCCUCUGUUUCGAGCAAUCAGCCAAUUCACUUAGCUUCUUUGCAAUCAGAAUCUUCCUUAAUCGUUGCUGUACCUGGUCAGCAAACAGUUACAUCAUGUCCUCCAGUUGACAUAGAAUGGCCUCCUCGAGCAUCUUCAGGUCUAACCCCUCAGUUAAGUAAUGUUGAUAAGCAAUCGAAUACAGGAGCAUCAUCUUCUUCAAAUUUUGAUGAUCUAGAUCCUUUUGCUAAUUGGCCUCCAAGACCUGGUGGUACUUCCAGUGCAUCUGGAACUUCUAAUAAUGGAUCUUUGGGAUCAUUGGCAAACAAUUAUGGUACCAGUCUGAAUGCAAGCUCUGCCAAUAGUAUGAACUUCCAAGCCAAUGGACAUGGUAUCGGGGGGUUCAACAAUCAAAAUUCAUUUGAGCCAUUGAGACCAAAACAAGUGACUUCUACAAUGAAUGUGGUUAGUUUGAAUAGUGGCCAUAAUCCUCUGAAUUCAAUCCGUUUCAUGAAACAGAAUCAAGUUAUGUCUAGUUUGGAUUCAUAUAAUGAUAAGAAAUCAACAGAUCUUGGAUCUAUAUUUGCUUCCAGCAAAAAUGAGCAGCUUGCGCCUAAACUUGCUCCACCACCAUCAACUGCUGUGGGCAGAGGAAGAGGAAGGGGGGCCACAUCUACCUCAAGGCCUAACCAUGCCAAACAACAGUCGGGACAGCCGCCUCUUUUGGAUUUACUGUAAUGGGUUGGAUUACCUUUGCCAUAUGGAGAGGUUCAGGAUGGGAACUUUUGAAGUAGCCAUCCCGUGCACAGAGGCAUUUAGUUUUUAUGUCAACCCAAGUUCAUUUUGGGCAACCAGUUGCCAGAGGGCUUAGCGAAUGGCAUGGUCCAUCAAGUGAUUGUUGUGAGUUAUUGUAGCUUAUUCUGAUUGGUCCUUCUCUCUCUCUCUCUCUCUCUCUCUCUCUCUCUCUUUCAAUAAAAAAAUGGAUUAUGAUGUUCAGUUGAUGUCUUAAAUUUUUCAUUGUUUCGAAAUAGUUGUGGCUGGAAAGUGUAAUCUUCAAUACAAUUCCAGUUCGAGCAACUGGUUUAGAAAUUAUAAAAGGAAAAAUAUUUCAUUUGA